ACAAAAUGCAGUGAAGUGACUGGUGCAAAUCCCUCGUCAUGACGCGAGCUGCUGUCUGGACCUGUAGGAAAGAGCUUGCGCAGCAGUCCACCGCGUUGAGUCAACUGCGAGCCCGAGACAGCGGCUUCUCUGGUCUGCUGCUGCGAGACAGACGAGAUGAUAUAGCGACUGGGACGAGCUAACGUUACCGUGACACUUGGAUCAGACCGUGGCGUUGUGUUUUUUCGACCCUUUUUACUUGGCUAUUUGCUCAAGCUUGCUUGAAGCAGGCCAGUCACCAAUGCUCUCAUUGAGCCACCCUCCCAUAGAUGUCAAUCUAACUUGCUGCAAGCUAGCGUUAGCUCGCUGCUGCUAUCCGUCAGACACUGAAGUGGCCACAUAAACAUGCGGAUCAUCGAGGCGGAGACCCCGGGGACAUCUCUAACGUUAGACUCUUUGUGGAGGACGCGAGUUUUCGACUAGCCGCCGAUUGGACUCUGCAAAAUCUUUGUAGAGGGGGAAAGAGCCACAGAACUCAAGGACCAGAUUGCCCGUUGAACUUUUUGCCUCGGGCAGAUUGCCAGGGACCAUGCUGACCAUUCUAGCUGCUGGGUCUGUGUUCUUUCCAGGCCUUUUCCUUCUGUCCAAACAAUGCCUAAGGUCGAUCCCAGCUCUGAGAUGGAGCGAAGGAGAUGCAGUCAUUGUAUCUGCCAGGUUGGUUUCAUCCAUUCAGGCAGUCAUGGCUUCUUCAGCUGGCUACAUCAUUGCUUCUUCCUGCGAGGACAUCCUGGAGGACCAGCAUUGGCUGACUAGCUCUUACAUCAUGUUUGCUGUUCCCUACUUCGUGUAUGACAUCUACGCAAUGUUCAUGUGCUACUGGUACAAGCUUCGGGUCAAAGGGCAUGAGGAGGCCUCGGCAGCACCUCAGCACAUGAGCACAGCAUUGACCAGCUACUUGCGUCGCGAGUUCCUCAUGGUGCUGCACCAUGUUGUCAUGGUCACCGCCUGCUUCCCCGUUUCUGUGUUUUGGCGACAAGGAAAGGGAGAUUAUUUCCAGGGUGUAUUGUUCAUGGCUGAGCUCAGCACUCCAUCUGUCUGCUUAGGAAAAAUACUCAUCCAGUACAAACAGCAACACACUCUCCUGCACAAAGUGAAUGGGGCUCUUAUGCUGAUCACUUUUUUCAUCUGUCGAGUCCUCCUCUUCCCUUACCUCUACUACGCCUAUGGAAGGUACGCGUCAAUUCCCUUCCACAUGGUUCCCCUGUCGGUGCCCUGGCACUGUAACCUUGGUGCUGCUCUGCUCAUGGCUCCCCAGCUCUAUUGGUUCUCCCUAAUUUGCAGGGGCGCCCUGCGACUAUUCACGGGCUCCUCCCGCUCUCAGAGACCAGGUGCGGCCACAGGCCCAGCCAAGGAGAGGCAGACGGAUGGAAACGCACGGCCCCAGCCGGCCAACGGCUACAGUACGUGCGCCUCAGAGCCUGAGCUGGCCACUCACUGAGAAGAGUGGAGGGGAGGGAAGAAAGGCGAAUGUACCAAUGAGUAUGUAAAGGAAAGAAAGCUGUGAGGGAGAAGUGAGACUUGAACCAAGUAGCAAUAUGAAGAGAGCUACAGACAACGGCCUCAACAAAUUGCUGAAAUGUUUGUGGCCAGCAAUCAAGCUCCUAACAGCGAAAUGAUUUGGUUGCUGGCCUUCAAGCACUUCAGCUUCUCAGUUUGUAGGAAACAAGUGGAGUGUUAAUGCACUCAGUAUUUAAAGAUGUCAUCUGGUACUGUGACAGAUAGGAACAUGCACUGACCUGAGGAAUUUGCCUGGAUGUAUAGCAAGCAUAGGUGGCUAUUUCCCUCAUGUAGAUCAAAUUCAGUCCUCUCUGCCUCACGGUAUAGGAAGAGUAGGAAAAUAGGAAUGUAUUAUAUUGUAUGUUAGUACAUUUGCUGUAGAUGGAAGGCCUAUUUCAGUUUAGUAAUGAAGAAGACCUUCAAAAAAGAAAAAAUCCCGGCUAAGCAGUAUUUUGACUUGUUAGUGUUUAAUAUCUGUAUCCUCUAUGUAGUCACUGUCACUCUAACAAAAUGUAACCAACCUGCAGGCUGACUCAUCUUUAGAAGGGAGAUAAUCUCAUAAGACUGUAUUCUGCUGCCUUAUCCCUUUUCCCCAUUCUUUGGCGUUUCUUUAGGUUUUUUUAAAAACAUUUUUUAUCCUCGGAGAAGAAGGAAGAGGCUUCGUCGGACAGAACAUUUUUAUGGGUGUACAUAACCGAUGUAAAAAUGUCCUUAUUUCCAAUUCAGUAUUAAGUCAAUUUUGGGUUUUAUUUAUUAUUUAUUAGGUUUUGUCUCAAUUCUACAUCUGAUGUUUUUACAGGUGUUUUUGAACAAUGGAAUUUCAGCAUUAACACAAAACAUUUCACUGUUUGCCCCAAACGUUCUGGCAGUGCUUCUUGUUUCAGAAUAGAUAUGACUUCAUUCCAUUUAAUAGUAUCACAAAGUGUGUUUAGCAUACAAGGAGGUGAUGCACAGUAGCAGUCACUUUUUAAAAUGUUUUUUUUUUUUUUUAGAUUGGUGCGGAUAUAAAUCUAAAAAUAUCCAUUUCAUUGGCUGGAAUAUUUCACUAAGGGAUCCAUAAGAUUUGAGCAUUUAUAGCUUUGUCAGAGGACUUUUCAAUUUUGCCAUUUGAAGGGAAACAAAAGUGAACAAUAAUCUUGUAGGGAAGCGUUCCCUUAUGAUAGACAUGCAGCACAUUUGUCCGUGGCAACUUCAUUUGAUGUCCCUCAUUUACCAUUAUUUAGUUCAUGAAUUGUUUCAAGCCUUUCUGAUUUUAUGAAACACUGCCUUUUAUUUGAGCCACUGGUUCUAUGAACCUCCGAUGAACUAACUGGCUAGUUUUAUCAUUUUAAGUUUGUUUAAAGCAGCUUCACUGUCCUAGAAAUGGGUAAAUAAAAAUAAAUAAAACAAAGCUCAGAAACUAUCAAGACAGGGCAGCGUGUGCCAAAACAUCUGGACAACUGGGCAUGUUGAACAUCCAUUCCCAUUCCAUGAACUCCUACGGUACUGCUUCUUGACAAGACUAAACAUUUCAACUGAUGUACUGUAUAUUCCACAAAAUGCUCGUUAUUUAUUUGUACUUAUUUAUUUAUUUAUUUGGUUUGUGGUUUUGAAUGCAUAUUUAUGCAUACAUAUACUAUAUGCUUCUGAGCCUUAUGUGAAGGCUGUAUUGUUACUCCAACUUAGCUAAAAUAUACUUCUCUGUCCUGA